AUGGUCCUGUUGGACCAACUGACGUGUUGGUCCUAUGGACCGGUUGGACCAACUAGCCUGUUGGUCCUAUGGACCGGUUGGUCCAACUGGCAUGUUGGUCCUAUGGACCGGUUGGACGAACUGGCAUGUUGGUCCUAUGGACAGGUUGGACCAACUGGCCUAUUGGUCCUAUGGACCGGCUGGACCAACUGGCCUGUUGGUCCUAUGGACCGUUGGACCAACUCAUGUGUUGGUCCUAUAGACCAUUUGGACCAACUUGCCUGUUGGUCCUAUGGACCGGUUGGACCAACUGGCAUGUUGGUCCUAUGGACCGUUUGGACCAACUCGCAUGUUGGUCCUAUGGACCAAUUGGACCAACUGGCCUAUUGGUCCUAUGGACCGGUUGGACCAACUGAUGUGUUGGUCCUAUGGACCGGUUGGACCAACUGGCCUGUUGUUCCUAUGGACUGGUUGGACCAACUGGCCUGUUGGUCCAAUGGACCGGUUGGACCAUCUGGCAUGUUGUUCCUAUGGACCGGUUGGACCAACUGGCCUGUUGGACGAAUGGACCGGUUGGACCAACUCGCCUGUUGGCCAAAUGGACGGGCUCGACCAACUGGCCUGUUGGUCCUAUGGACCAGUUGGACCAACUGGCCUGUUGGUCCUAUGGACCGGUUGGACCAACUUACGUGUUGGUCCUAUGGACCGGUUGGACCAACUGGCAUGUUGGUCCUAUGGACCGGUUGGACCAACUCGCAUGUUGGUCCUAUGGACCAAUUGGACCAACUGGCCUAUUGGUCCUAUGGACCGGUUGGACCAACUGAUGUGUUGGUCCUAUGGACCGGUUGGACCAACUGGCCUGUUGUUCCUAUGGACCGGUUGGACCAACUGGCCUGUUGGUCCUAUGGACCGGUUGGACCAUCUGGCAUGAUGUUCCUAUGGACCGGUUGGACCAACUGGCCUGUUGGACGAAUGGACGGGUUGGAACAAUUGGCCUGUUGGUCCUAUGGACCGGUUGGACCAACUGAUGUGUUGGUCCUAUGGACCGGUUGGACCAACUGGCCUGUUGUUCCUAUGGACCGGUUGGACCAGCUGGCCUGUUGGUCCUAUGGACCGGUUGGACCAUCUGGCAUGAUGUUCCUAUGGACCGGUUGGACCAACUGGCCUGUUGGACGAAUGGACGGGUUGGACCAAUUGGCCUGUUGGUCCUAUGGACCGGUUGGACCAACUGGCCUGUUGGUCCUAUGGUCCGACCGACUGACGUGUUGGCCGAAUGGACCAGUUGGACCAAACUCACGUGUUGGUCCUAUAGACCAUUUGGACAAACUUGCCUGUUGGUCCUAUGGACCGGAUGGAGCAAGGGGCAUGUUGAUCCUAUGGACCGGUUGGACCAAUUCGCAUGUUGGUCCUAUGGACCGGUUGGACCAACUGACGUGUUAG